AUGUCUGCCCUGCCCCAGUUAUACCACGAGCCUGAGAGCCGAUGUGACAGCAGCAAGGAUGCAGUCUGGGCCCACUCCGACGUGGGCAGAGCAGUGGCUGCGCACCACCCAGCUGUCUCGCUCCUUACCGGGCGGGCCGGUAGCUGCCUUUUCCCACCCUCCACGGCAGGUUCCAACGGGGAAACCAGCGUGUUUUGCCGAGGCAGACAAUCGGUACCGGGAGUUGCUGUUCAGAGUGCAGCGGACACCAAACUACCGGGAUGUAACGAGGAGUCGCCCCCGACGGCAGCGGAGCUCCCGCUCCCCCAACUCCGCUCCCAGCCGCUUCCCCAAGCUCGCCGCGGCCCCCCUCCGCCUCCCUCCCUCCCUCCCUCUCGCUGCCCGUCGGUCCCGGCCCGGUCCCGGCCCGCUCCGUCCUGCCGCAACGGCGCCCGUCGCCUCGGCAACCCGCCGGCCUCCCCGCUUCCCGCCGCCGUCCCACAGUGCUUUGCGUUCCGGCCGCGCUGGAGCUCCCUGAUUGGAGGGGCGGAGGGGGCGGGGCUCUUCCCUCAGGCGUCCGGCGCUGAGGGGGAGCUCGCCGGGUUGCGUCCCCGUUCCGGACACGCCGCUGGGAAGCCUCGUCCCUCCUCGCCGCUCCUUCCUGAGGGAGCCGGUUCUACCCUCGCUCCCCUCCCCGAGCGGGCGGUACCGGCCCUGGGCACUCCCGGCUCGCAGGGACCGACUCCCCGGCUCCGUUCCGGGCCGGCCCGCUCCCGCCGGGCACGCCUCCCGCCGCAGCGCGCCGCCGUCCCCUCGCCUCUCAACCAAGCCUGCUGCGCCCGCUCCCGCCGCCUAUUGGGCCGGCGCCUUAUGAAUAUGCAGACGAAGGCCGCCGGCCGCCUAAUAGCAGGAGGGCAGGAAAAUGAAUAUUCGCGGCGCGGCGCGCGGAUGGCUGCCGCGCCCAUGCCGGGGCGCGCGGAGCGUCGCUUCACCCGGCCUCCUCGAGCCAAUGGCGCUUGCGUGCCCCGGAGUCACGUGGGGGGGCUGGCUGUUCAGAUGCCUGCAGACAGUGCCCGUUUCAGCUGGAUGGCUGUAAGAACAGCAGCUGAUGGAGCUGCUGGUGCUCUUGAAACCUUUGUGUAUCUUUCUUGCUUCCUUCUUCCUGUCUUCAAGCUGGCAGCUUCUGACUAUGGUAUGAAGCUGCCAAUCUUGCGGUCCAACGCAGAAGAUCAGAUUCUGUACCAGACUGAGCGUUACAACGAGGAAACCUUUGGCUAUGAAGUUCCCAUCAAAGAGGAGGGUGACUAUGUGCUGGUGUUGAAGUUUGCGGAGGUCUAUUUUGCACAAUCUCAACAGAAGGUAUUUGAUGUUCGCUUGAAUGGCCACGUGGUGGUGAAGGACUUGGACAUUUUUGACAGAGUUGGACACAGCACAGCUCACGAUGAGAUCAUUCCCAUGAGUAUCAAAAAGGGGAAACUGAGUGUCCAGGGAGAGGUUUCCACGUUCACGGGGAAGCUCCACAUUGAGUUUGUAAAGGGCUACUAUGACAAUCCAAAAAUCUGUGCCCUAUACAUCCUGCAAGGAACAGUGGAAGAUGUUCCAAAGCUGCAGCCACACCCAGGUCUGGAGAAAAAAGAGGAAGAUGAUGAUGAAGAUGAAUAUGAUGAUGGCUCCAGUGUUAAAAAACAGGCAAAUAAGAACCGGGUUCAGUCAGGCCCACGCACACCAAACCCAUAUGCCUCGGACAACAGCAGCCUCAUGUUUCCUAUAUUGGUGGCCUUCGGUGUCUUCAUUCCUACCCUCUUCUGCCUCUGCCGAUUGUGAGAGCAAGCCCCACAGAGCAUCAGCCAAGGGGCUGGGAGGGAAGGAGUUGGACCAAACACAGUUGCUUUCAAUUUCUCCAUAUUGUUCAUAAUUUAAGGGAAAAAAAAAAAAAAAAAAAAGAUGAAUCAUUUGGAAU